AUGCGGCUCUUCGAGGGCUUCAGACGCUCCGAAGUCGUUCGCCUGCUGAAGCAGGCCCAAAGUGACGACCAGAAGACGACUGCUUCGGGCUUGCCAUUCCCGUUGCGCAGGACGGAAAUUCUGGCAGGUCAAUGGGAUGAGGCGUUGCAGAUUGCCUCCUUUCUCUCCUUAGACCUCCCAGAGGUGGCCGCGCCCUUGCGGCGCUUGUUGCUGGAGCAAAAAUGCUGCGAUUUGCACGAAAAGGGACACACCCAGGCGGCUCAAGAAGUCUUCGAGGAGAUUGCUGCGGAAGAACCGCAGCCCUCGACGCAAGACUUAGAGUCUCUUGUGGAGGCCGUGAUGUUUCAGGACCGUGACCGUCAUGCAGUGCUUGAGAGGGUUGACAGCCUUCUGCCUGAGCUGCCGCCUCGGCGCUUGCCAGAGCUCCUGUGGCAAGCUGUGAGGUAUCAGCACUUUCACUGCCUCUACUCUGACUUGGAUCCCACUUUGAUGUCUCAAGUGCCCUGUUUGGUGCAAAACUACAGCUACUCGCCGCCCCCUUUGCCGACGCACUGCGUUCGGAGGCUGGAUCACCACCGCGAUGAAGUCUGGUUCGCUUCCAUCUCCCACGACGGUCGGCUGCUGGCCACGUCUUCCAAGGACGAGAGCAUCGUCAUCUGGGAACGGAACCCCUCCGGGCCCGGCUUCAAUGUGGGGGGCCCGCAGGGCCCCAUGUUUCGCUCGCGCACAGCACAGACGCCUCUGGGCUACCUCUCCCGACAAUUGGGCCUGGCUGCGGUGCCCACGCCGCCAUCCGCCUGGGCCUCGAAGUAUCGCGUGGCGAUUAUUGGGGGAGGUUCCGCAGGUGUGUCAGUGGCUUCGCAACUUCGACGAAAACUGCCCAAGAACGAACAUGGCCAGAUUGCAGUCAUUGAACCGCGGGAUCAUCAUCUCUAUAUGCCCUACUGGACCAUGGUGGGCGGUCUAGGUCUGGACGUCUCGGGUUCCAUGCAGAAGAUGGAGAAAGUGAUGCCUACAGAUGUCGAAUGGAUCAAGGAAAAAUGCCUCACCUUCCAACCUGAGCAGAACAAGAUCACCUUGGCCAGUGGACAUGAGAUUGACCCUUGA